AUGGAGAAAAAUCAUCAAUAUGAAAGCAUUCAAGCUUUAGUCCGACAACUUCAUGCACCUGACAAAAAUGUUUCGCGCCCACGUACUGACGAAGAAGUGCCAAAUGAUGAUCAUUCCUUACCAAUUCUCGUGGUUGAAAAGCCACAUAAAAAGAAAACAUAUUUUGAAAACACCUUUAAGAUUCCUACUUUGAUGGUCACCGCACCGACAUCACCGGAAUCGCCGGAAAACAUGGAAAAUAGAAAAUUUAGCUUUGGAAACUUCCGACGACAUUCUCAUGGCUCGAAACAAAAACAUGCGUUCGACAAAUAUGAUGAGUGA